GCACGAAAGGAAAUCGACAUAGCAAGGAACUAUCGCAUCAACCAUCGGAUCCGCGCACCAGAAGUGCUCUUGGUGCAGCGUACGAGCAAUGGUGCAACCUCAUCCACCGCGAUGCAGCGUAACGAGGCACUUAACCUCGCACAAGAAGCCGGACUUGACCUCGUCGAGGUCGGUCCCGAUCAGAAUCCGCCGGUCGUCCGCAUGAUGGACUACGGCAAAUUUAAGUUCGAUCAAUCCAAACGGGCCAAGGAGGCUCGAAAAGCAUCUAGGGCGACCAGCGAACUGAAGAAGGUCCGCCUGACCCCGAAAAUUGCCGAGAACGACAUCCAACAAAAAACCAAGCGAGUCCUCGGAUUCCUUCAAGACGGCGCCAAAGUCCAAGUCUUUGUCCGAUUCCGCGGGCGCGAACAAGCGCAUCCAGAGAUCGCAAUGGAUGUCUUGCGGCGCGUCGCCACAGGCGUUGCCGAAUACGCUCGAUUGGAACAGAAACCGGUCAUGGAAGGCCGCAUGCUGAGCAUGAUGCUCGCACCGAGAGCCGGCAUCAGCCGUCCCGCCAGCAAAGCGGUCGCUGUGGAACCACGGCACCGCAAUCGGCGCCGAAACGGAGAGUCGACCGAGUCUGCCGAAACCGAAACCAGAGAACCGGUCGCACAAUCCGUCUGA